GGCAGCCUGGGAAGCAGCGCCAUAUUGGCGGCGUCCGCGCUGUAUUGUCAUAAAUAGAGCCGGUUUUGUGGUGUUUUCACUACUCGGUUGAAUGCCUCGGCCGUAGCGAGCGGGGAAGUGAGCGAGCAAGCGAGCUACAAGCGAGCGAAGGGAAGUGGACAGAGGAAGGAAGAGAGGGCAGUAGCGGGACCCCAGAGCGAAAGGCACUCGCUGGAGAGAGACGCAGGAAGCGAUGAAAGAGAUGUCUGCAAACACUAUGCUGGACAGCCAGCAUCAACAAAGGCAUUAUGGAAUUACCUCUCCAAUUAGUCUGGCAUGUCCCAAAGAAAUUGAUCAUAUUUAUACACAGAAAUUAAUUGAUGCCAUGAAACCAUUUGGAGUAUUUGAAGAUGAGGAAGAACUGAACCAUAGGCUGGUUGUUCUUGGUAAAUUGAACAAUUUAGUAAAAGAAUGGAUUUCCGACAUCAGUGAAAGUAAGAAUCUCCCACCUUCUGUUGUGGCUACUGUUGGUGGUAAAAUUUUCACAUUUGGAUCUUACAGGCUUGGAGUACACACCAAAGGAGCUGAUAUUGAUGCACUUUGUGUAGCCCCAAGACAUGUGGAGAGAUCAGAUUUUUUUCAGUCCUUCUUUGAAAAGUUGAAACAUCAAGAUGGCAUUAGAAACUUAAGAGCUGUAGAAGAUGCCUUUGUGCCUGUUAUAAAAUUUGAAUUUGAUGGAAUUGAAAUUGAUCUAGUCUUUGCAAGACUGGCAAUACAAACCAUAUCAGAUAAUUUAGAUCUAAGAGACGACUCUCGCCUAAGAAGCCUUGAUAUAAGGUGUAUUCGCAGCUUAAAUGGGUGCAGAGUUACUGAUGAAAUUUUGCACUUAGUGCCAAAUAAAGAAACUUUUAGACUCACCCUAAGAGCAGUCAAAUUAUGGGCAAAACGUCGUGGUAUUUAUUCCAAUAUGUUGGGAUUCCUUGGUGGAGUCUCCUGGGCAAUGCUAGUUGCCAGAACUUGCCAACUGUAUCCAAAUGCAGCAGCUUCAACUCUAGUGCACAAAUUUUUUUUAGUUUUUUCCAAAUGGGAAUGGCCAAAUCCUGUGCUGUUGAAACAACCAGAAGAAAGCAACUUGAAUUUGCCUGUCUGGGAUCCUCGGGUAAAUCCAUCAGAUAGAUAUCAUCUUAUGCCCAUAAUUACCCCCGCCUAUCCACAACAGAAUUCUACCUACAAUGUGUCUACAUCUACUCGAACAGUAAUGGUCGAAGAAUUUAAACAAGGCCUUGCAGUUACAGAUGAAAUUCUUCAAGGGAAAUCAGAUUGGUCCAAACUAUUAGAGCCACCGAAUUUCUUUCAAAAAUACAGACAUUAUAUAGUAUUGACUGCCAGUGCAUCAACAGAAGAAAAUCAUCUAGAAUGGGUUGGAUUAGUAGAAUCUAAAAUCCGUGUACUUGUUGGAAAUUUGGAACGGAAUGAAUUUAUUACUCUUGCCCAUGUGAAUCCCCAGUCAUUCCCAGGAAAUAAAGAACAUAAUAAAGCCAACAAUUACGUAUCAAUGUGGUUCCUUGGGAUAAUUUUUCGGAGAGUAGAACAUGCAGAAGGUGUUAACAUAGACUUGACAUAUGAUAUACAGUCAUUUACUGAUACAGUGUACAGGCAGGCAAACAUUAUAAAUAUGCUAAAGGAUGGAAUGAAAAUUGAAGCAACUCAUGUAAAGAAAAAACAACUUCAUCAUUACCUACCUGCAGAGAUUCUUCAAAAGAAGAAAAAGAGUCUCUCUGAUGUAAGCCGGAUUUCAGGUGGCCUUCAGUCCAAAAGAUCGUCCCUGGAUAGCAGUUGUCUGGAUAGCUCCAGAGACACCGAUAGUGGAACACCUUUUAAUUCGCCGGUGUCUACAAAUAAGCCUUCCAACCCAGACAGCCCCUCAGGAGAAGCAGAAAGGAAUAGUACUGAACCUGCUACUGUAAUUGUGGAGAAGCUGCCAAGUGUUCCCCCAGCUCAAGGGCUAUCUAUUCCAGUCAUUGGCGCAAAGGUUGACCCUACAGUAAAAGCUGUAUCCUCCCCGUCUGUAUGCACCAUUCCUACUGUAGUAGGACGGAACGUUAUUCCUAGAAUCACAACAUCCCACAACCCUGUCCAGGGACAACCACAUCUAAAUGGACUGUCCAAUAUAAGUAAGAAUGUUACACCCAAAAGAUCCCAUUCGCCACCUACAGAUGGGACUUCUAAGAGGUUAAAAGACAUAGAAAAGUUUAUUCGACUUGAGUCAGCAUUUAAGGACUCCCAGGCUGCCGAGGAUAGGAAAAGAAAAUCAAUGGAUGCCAUUGGUGGAGAAUCUAUGCCCAUUCCAACUAUUGAUACAUCACGCAAAAAGAGACUACCCAGUAAAGAACUGCCAGAUUCAUCAUCUCCAGUUCCAGCAAGCAACAUCCGUGUCAUCAAAAACUCCAUCCGACUGACCCUUAACCGAUAAUAGCAGUGCCUCUUCACUUAGGUGAACAUGCAGUCAUACAGUGGCAUAGAUGACAUGACAGUUACCCUUGGAGUGGCAUUCUCUCCCUGAUUGCCACGUACACUCUGAGGAUCACCUGCUAGUAAAUGUCACCUACAGUAUUAUGGCUUUGCAUUUUGAGGUUUUACUGCCUUAACUUUUGACGUUUGUUUCUCUGUUAUGGUAACCAGUUCUUGGCCACUUGGACUCUGAUAAAACAAGUCCUGAACUGUUUUUUGUUUUUUGUUUGUUGUUUUUUUUCUUUUUUUUUUUUUAAGUCUUUUUUUGUAAUCACUCUAUAGAGCUGAAAAAAUUAAAAAAAAAAAAACAAAAAAAAACCUGUCUUGUAAUUUUCCAAAUGUUUGUGUUUACUUUAGCAUUGAAGCCACUUUGUGUAACCCAAGAUUAAUGAAUGUGAGAUAUCUUUUCUGCUUCCUUCAUUUGUGUAGAUGUCUAUUUUGUUAAUUUAAAUUAUUUUUCCAGAUUGGCGCAUAAAUAUUUAAACUAUUUUUUGUGCUUUUGUCCAGAUGUUGCAUAGUUACCCAGGGAGGAUUAGUCCAGUGACUACACAAGAGUUGGGCACCAUAAAUUCUCUGUAUUUUGCCUCCCAUGGGGGCCUUCAAAAUGCAUCUUUAUUAAAAAUCAAACUAUAACCAGGAUACUGAAAGUCAGUAUAUGAAUGGUGAAAAUGUUACAUAUCUUACUAUCUCAUGACAUUGUUGUUAGCUGAUUGGUAUUUUUUACAAAGAAAGAAUUCAUCCUACCAUCAAUGAUAAGAUACAUAAAGUAUGGCAGACUUGUAUUUUUGAAGUAUAAAAUUAACUCAGCAUGGUAAUCCCUCACCACAUCUUCCAACAGUCUCUUCAUGGAUUAGGCAUGCAGAAUAAGCAGUGGAUUUUAUUGAAGCCUCAAGGCAUCUUUGAAUGACAUUGUUACCAUUAAUUGGCUCAGGACCUUUGUAGUUUUUAUUUAACUAUAUGAGUUGUCUUUUUUUACACUGCUUUUUUCAGUGCAUUUCUUAAUAUUUUUUAAGUUUCAUGAAUGCAUGCUCAGUUUAUUAAAAAUCCACAACCAUGUAAUUCUUGUAAUCUGUUGACUCCGUGUUUUGUAAAUGAAGUCGUAUGUAUUUUCAGAGUAUUUUUGUAUGUACUGUAAGAUAUCAUCUUUUCAAAGAGAAACUUGAAAACCUUUA